AUGAAGUUCUUCGUUGCUACCGCUUGUGUCCUGCUCUUGGCAUCCGGCAUCUCGGCCGAUCCUGUCAAAGUCGAUGAACAGCCCAGCGCGUUUGCCAAAUGCCUGGAGGCUGAUUCAAUCUCGUGUCUGCAGCUCACGCUCUUCCGCAAGGCCAAGUCUAUCUUUGAAAAUCCCCAAAUCGAACUCUUCGGCGGCGUCUCACUGGUCAAGGCCAAUGAAGGACGUCAGGGCAAAUCUCUGGAUAACUCGCUGGCCGUUGAGGCUGCCCCCAGUGUUGAGGCACGCACCACCGAAAUGGGCAACUACUUCAUGGACAAUGCCAAGAGCUUCUUUGCUGAACGGUCGUUGAACUUCAACUUCGCCAACGCCGCCCGUUCCGUCGCUCGCGCUAUCCCCGAUGACAUCAAGGCCGAUCUGCGCGAACUGGUCGUUGAGUCGCGUACCCGCAAGAAGAAGCUGUUGAAGAAGUUCCUGCCCAUCUUGUUGGGUGUUGGUGCUAAGAUUGCCGUUCUGGUCGUUGGCUCCAUCUUCGGUCUGUUGUUCCUGGCCAAGAAGGCUCUGGUUGUCUCCGUGAUUGCCUUCUUCCUGGCUCUGGCUGCUGGUGCUUCAAGCGGUUUGGGUCGUCUGGGCGGUUCCGGCGGCGGUGCCGGUGGUCUCCUCGGCGGUCUGGGAGGUCUCUUCGGUGGCAAGAACUCCGGCUCGGCUGCUGUCAGCUCAGGUGGGUGGUCCUCGGGCGGUGGUGCUGCCAGCAGCGGUUGGUCCUCGGGCGGCAACUCUGGCUGGGACUCCCAUGGUGCCUACAGCUCUCCAGUGGCUCAGACCAUCGCCUACCAGGGCUACAAGCAGGCCAGGCGGUAA